CUUAGCUUAGCGACUGCCUCUUUCAAUAACUUUUCUUUGCCUCACAGCUCCCCCUCUUCUUCCACAAACACUGACCAAACGCCCUGAAUAUGCCCAUCACAGCAUGUCAUGUGCAGGAUGAGACAUCUGCUGUGUGUCUUCCCCUCUCACUCCACUGCUAAAGGGCCAACGCUACAUCUUGCUCAUUGUUUCACUCCUCUAACACCUAAUCCAUGACGAAUGAACUAACUAGUACUGUAGUAGCCCUCUUAGUAACAAUCAGGCAGGAACUUCUAGAAGAAAUCUGACACUCCAGCUGUUCUCUGCUCUCACCUUUCAGUCUGAAUGAACUAAAGACUCAUCCGUACAUGUUUUACCAGGGAGACAUAAUUUAAUCCAGAGAUGUGUCAUCACAUACUCUUACAUACUCUGCCGUUUAAAAAUUCUGCUCACGAUGGGGGAAGGAGACAGGUGUGCUUUCUGACAGCCCCACUGUUUUGCACUUCUAGUGCUCACUGCAUUCUCUCUCAGUCCCUUCCUUAAACCCUUCUUCUCUUCUUAACAAGGAAACAGGAUAACAAAGUAAUUAAGAGCUUGGGUUCUGCCUAUCUGUGAAACAGAAACAUAACCAAGGACAGAGAGAAUAGACUGGUGGUUACCAAGAGGGAGGGAGUGGGAGAGGAUUGGAUUGGGAGUUUGGGAUUAGCAGAUGCAAACUGGUGUAUAUACAGGAUGGAUAAACAAAAAGGUCCUACAUGGGACUUCUCUGGUGGCGCAGUGGUUAAGAAUACGCCUGCCAAUGCAGGGACACGGGUUCGAGCCCUGGUCCGGGAAGAUCCCACAUGCCAGAGAGCAACUAAGCCCGAUGCCACAACUACUUAAGUCCAUGCACCUAGAGCCCGUGCUCUGCAACAAGAAAAGCCACCACAAUGAGAAGCCUGCGCACCGCAACUAGAGAAAGCCUGCGUGCAGCAACGAAGGCCCAAUGCAGCCAAAAAUUAAUAAUUUAUUUUAAAAAAGGUGGAUGUAUUUUAAAAAAACCAAAAAGGUCCUACUGUAGAGCACAGGGAACUAUGUAUCCUGUGAUAAACCGUAAUGGAAAAGAAUAUGAAAAAGAGUGUAUAUAAAUGUGUAACUGAGUCACUUUCCUAUACAGCAGUAAUGAACACAACACUGUAAUUCAACUAUACGUCAAUAAAAAAAUAAAAUUUUAAAAAUUGCCAUAAAAAUAGUCACAUAAGGGGGACUUCCCUGGUGGUCCAGUGGUUAAGACUUCACCUUCCAAUGGAGGGGGUGAGGGUUCGAUCCCUGGUGGGGGAGCUAAGAUCCCACAUGCCUUGAGGCCAAAAAACCAAAAUAUAAAACAGAAGCAAUACUGUAACAAAUGCAAUAAACACUUUAAAAAUGGUCGACAUCAAAAAACAUCUUUAAAGAAAAAAUUCACAUAAAUCAGAAACAAAUGAAACAUAAUAAAGUCCAUACAUUAAAAAAAAAAAAAGAGCAUGUGUUCGGGUCACAUCGCAGCUUCCCACUUACUUACAGCUGUGUAAUUCUGGGCAACUCACAUAAUAUCUCUUCAGACUCCUCAUCUAUAAACGGGGAUGGUAACAGUUCCUUACCUCAGAGCGUUGCUGUAAUCCAUAAACACGGUUAAGUGCCUUGGUAAAUGUUUGAGGCUCUCUGGUUAUUGUGAAUUAAAAUACCUCAAUGGCUUCUGGCCAUGUGAUUUAUAAUAGUUUGACAUUUAACCAAAUGGUAAAACUAUUCCAUUUAUUAUUCCCAUCUCUUUUUAACCCUUACCCUGCUUUGUUGUUUAUGUUUUCUCCCAACACAGAGUGCUAGUUCCAGGAGAGUAAAGGCUUUAUUUUGUUCACUGCUGAAAGCAAUAGCACCCAGAAAAGUACUGUACAUAUGAAGCCCUCAGUAAACACUAGCUGAAUGAAUGGUGCAAAGUGUCACAAGGAAAAGUACACCAAAACUUCCAUUAUAAUUAAAAAGUAUAGAUAAAUCUUUCUCUAAUGGCUUCCAGUCAAGUAACUGAAACCACCAUAUGCUAUAAUAAAAACAUAAGUAAUUUAUUAAAAUUUGAAGGCAAAAACAUAAUUUUAAAAGAUUUAGACCUAUGUUAGGCGUGAUAGAGUAUGGAUGCUUUCUUGAAAUUCACAGUCACAUCCAGGAGUAUCACUUUCAGAAUGUUCUAGUAGAUUGAGUUUACUUUUAGUUGUCUUUGAUGAAAGUCACUAUUCUACUCUCUUUCUUAACAGAAAUGUUUUUUCGAAGACUCACUUUUAAUUGGUUUAUUAACCAAAGAAUUAUUUUGCCCAAUUCCUUUGCUUUUCCGCUUUACAGGUGAGUCAGAGCAGGAAUGCAGGUCCUUCCCAGGUUGUUUCCUAGCAGAGUAUUUUUUGGUAUAUUCACCUGCUUUGCUCAUUUUCUCUGAAGAAGACCUGCUAUUUCUAGAUAAUUCCUCUUCUUUUCUUUGACUUCCAGUUCCAGAAAUGAUGUCUGCUGAAGGGAGAACAUGUUCUAGCAAUGAAAUCUUCAAAAGACUCCUGCCGCUGCUCUGUGACUGGGACCCCCAGGUUGUCUUUGGAAGUUUCUAAGGCCUCCUGAGUAGACACUGGGACAUGGAAGGAGUCCAGAGGCAAAGGAAUCCUAGCAUCACCUGUAAUUUUCUGAAACUGGAUGGAAAAACAAAAGACAAGACAAAAAUUCAGUGAUGAACAAAGCCAACCAUUAAAAAGUAGAGUUCAAAACUUCAGUGUUACUCUGUGAUCUUAUUAUUAACACAGUCAAUAUUCAGAUUUCAGAGCCAGUUUUUUUCUAAUUAUAUCUUGCCAAGUGAUCUCAGCUUAACCUAGCUAUAUCCAAGGGUAUGUCCGCUACAUUUUCAGACUUUGGUGACUGGGGUAGUUAUUACCCAUUUCCUUUCCCUCACUAAAAAUAAAACCCUAUUCUGUAAGAUAAUUAAUUUCUCUUCUAUCCUCCAGGCACAUGCAAACAGUAUAUAGUUUGUGACCAGACUGUGUUCUCAAGCUGUCAGUUCCCAAGACCAGUCUGAGAUUGGUUGAUGGGGGCUCCAAGUAAGGCUAGAGGAAAAGCUGACAGGUUUUCCCCUCCCAUUCCCAUAACCAGAUGGGGAAGUGCCUUAAGUCCCCCACUUCGGAUGACAUCUCCCUGCCUCACAAGUCUCAGUCCGGCUGGGCUAGCUUUGGCAAAGGGACGGAGCUGGAUCAGGAGCCGCUGCUGCCAUAUCAGGAUCAAGUUCCAGUUUUGGUCUAUCAUCCAACACCUAGCCAGACUCGCCUAGCAACACAGCUAGAGGAACAAAAUAGGAUAGCUCAAAAGAUAGGCCUCAUACAGCAUCAGCCUAAAGGAGUUUAUGACCCUGGAAGAAACGGAUCAGAAAAAAGAAUCCGGGGGGCUUCCCUGGUGGUGCACUGGCUAAAGUCUCUGCACUCCCAAUGCAGGGGGCCCGGGUUCGUUCCCUGGUCAUGGAACUAGAUCCCACACGCAUGCCGCAACUAAGAGUUUGCAUGCCAUAACUAAGGAGCCCACCGCCUGCAACUAAGACCCAGCGCAACCAAAAAAAAAAAAAUCAAUCAAUAAAAUAAAACAAAUAUUAUAAAAAAAGAUCCAGGAGUGUGUGAUCUGUAUGAUGGACUUUGUUUAUGAGAACCCAAUUUGAUUUCUGCUGUGUAUGCAGGUCACCUGGGCUGUACAGAUGACUGGCUGAUGAGAUCCUUCACAUGCCCCUCCUGCAUGGAGACAGUUGAUGCAGCACUGCUUUUGUCCUACGAGACUAACUGAGCCAGUGUCUCUCACCUGACUUCAAGAGAACCAUCAUUUUUGGUGGUUUUGAUCUUUUGUCGUUGAGCCCAAAGAGCGGGGGAUUAGGGAUUAAGAUCAUGCAUGAAAGUUUCCUAAAAAUUCCUGAACGGCUUCAGAUGUUGCGGAAAAGUACGUGAUAUUUUAGAAAUUCAGGGGGAAAAGUACGAUGCUAUUUUUAUGUAAAGCCUUCGCCCAGUGUUUAAAAAUAUAAUUGUAUUUAGAUCUUGUUAUUGCUCCAGUACAUAGGAUUUGUGUAAAGUGUUACAUUAGCUAUAAAUGUUUCAAUUGUGUGUAGAAGAUUAGGAGAAAGAUACUGGUUGUUUUUCCUAAGUGAGAUAUCUUUCUUCUUCCCCAUACCCAAAUUCUUUUCUGAAGUUGCUGGCAUUUGGGUCAAGGUUUUAUUUAAAGCUACAUUUUAUAACACUGGCACAAAAAAGGUAGUUUUAAGCUUUUUUGCAUAGUUCUUUUUUUUUUUUUUAGAAUAAACAUAGAGCAUUUAUUUUUUACUUUAUAGGAACUCCACAAGUUAAGGUCCCAUUGUUUUUUUGCUGUGAUUGUUGUUACUAUUGAUGUUGCUGUUUUCUGUCUUUGCUGGUUCUUUCUAAUCUACCAUUUGUCGUUAUUGGCAUACAGUCAUCUCAGGGUCACAAGAUAGCUGCUGUAAAACCAAGUAUCAUAUUCUAACAAAACAAGGAGGAAGCAGAAAAAGAGUCCCAAUGGUCAUUUUCCUAAUGCAUAUUUAUCUUUUUUCAGAGAAAAAUAUCAUUCUCAUAAGCACAAUAACAGCCUUCCCCUAAUUACUCAUUUGCCAAAACAGACUGAUAUGACCAUUCAUAAGACAAUUCAUGGCAAAGAGGGAUAUGAUAAUGAUUGCCUCAGCCUAAUAAGGAUUUAUCCACGAAAGCUGAAUGCUUCACUCCUCAAAGAAAUCAACACUUUUCUACAUACAAAACACAAGUCUCUUGAAGGGUUCUUCAUAAGUGCAUUAUAGAAGAAUUUAGUAUGUCAUAAGCACUUAAGGAUUUGACAUUCAACUGUAGUAGUAUCCAUGUUGGUUAAUUUUCUUACAAGCCCCAUGAUGAGUUUGAGAAAAACUGAAAGAAUUACAGUAUCAGGUUCUAUUAAAUCCUUACAUGUAUCUUGCUUAAGUUUUGGUUCAUUAAUUUAUAUCCAACUACAUAAAGCAAAUUUGGAGGAAAAAUAAAUAAAUAAAUAAAUAAAUUAGAUUUAGGUCUCCAAAUAUUUUCAUAGGAAGAUGUCCACCAUAUAUUAAAUUAUAAACCAGAAUGUCUAAAUACUAUACCAUUAAAUCACAUGUACAGUCAGUGCUGUAUAUCCAACGGUUCCAUAUCCUGCAGACAUGGAAGGCCGACAAUACUACACCAUUUUACAUACGGGAGUUGAGCAUCCGAGGAUUUUGGUAUCUAUGGGGAGUCCUAAAACCAAUCCCCUGCAGAUACCAAGGGACCAUUGUAUAUGCUUAUAUCUGCAUUUUUUAUGUCUCAAAAAAUAUGUGCUAAAUUAUUACUGGUGGUCACCUCUGAGUAGGGGGCAAAAUUGCCUUCCCUUCCACUUCCUACAUUUCUCUGACUGCAUUUGUUGCAUUCAGCUUACAUUACUACUGUAAACAGAACAAUUUAAACAUGGUCUGCCUCUUGGGGUUGGCAACUCACCUGCAGAUGUGGUAGCCAGUCCUGUUUAAACCAUGGGUACAGUGGACACCAAUAAGUCUGUCUAUAAAACAGGGAAUAUGGAAUUAAGUAAGCGAAGUAGAUACACUAAAAACAAGUUAUACAAUUUUCUGAAGAGUAGCGUUUAUUAGUUACCAAAACACGACCACUAACCUGAAAAGGAAAAACUCUGAAGAAAGAGUGUUUUUGCAGGAACGUACUAUCAAGAAUUAACUACUAUAAAGUCAAAAUUCAUUGUCUCUGGGAAAUUUUGCAUAGCCUCCAAUCAGAUGCAAUAGCGUGGACUGGAGAAUGCCCAUCAGGAACUGACCUGACUAUAGAAAAAGGGAGUGGAAACACAAAAACAAAAACAGGCUACCAGAAGAAUAGAAUUUGUUUUUGAGUGAAACAAAUGGAAUGCCUUCAAUUUUAAUGCUCAAUAUUAAAAAGAACAAACGGUUUCUGAAGUGCUCUUGGGGUCCCAAAGCACUUCCAUUCCUUCUCUCAUUCACUGCUCCUCACAUACUAUGCGUCUAUGUGCUUGUGGACUUCCCAGGUUAACUAGUAUCGUUUUUAUUUCACAAUGAAAAAGUAAGGCUUGAGACGUAAGCCCAAGCUGCACAGCAGGCAAACAGAAAAAAGACUAGAAUCGAGUCUCAGAUUUUUCCAACUAUGCCACAGUAAUUCGUGGUCCAGCACUUAAAAAAAAUUAUAUGAGAAAGUAAAUAUAAAACAUCAACAUGUAGCUGAUCUCUGCAAAAGAUGUCUGUGACUAGGUGGUGACUAGGUCUGUGACUAGGUCUGUGACUAUGUCUGUGACUAGGUGGUGUCUGGCAUUCGUCAUCUGCCUGGAUUACUACCGCCCUAUAAUUCUAACAGUCUCUUCUAUUUCAACUGAUCCUCCACAUGGAAGAUGUUAUCUUUCUAAAAUAUAAACUAGGCUGGAUUGCUCUGUUGCUUGAACAUCUUCACUAAGCACAGAAUAGAGCCCAGGUUGUUAGCACAGCAUUGAGAACUCUUUAUAAACAAAUAUCAGUCUGUCUCUCCAACUGAAUUAUAAGUUCAAACUAUGACUUACAAGGACCUACAUCAUCCACCUCCCUCCUUUGCCCUGCCAGCCUCCCCUGAUCUCAUUCUCUACUGCCCUGCCCUCACUCACUUUCCCCUGUCCAGCCACACUGGCUUCCUUACUAUUCCUCAAACAUGCCAAGCACAGUCGUGCCUCAGGGACUUUGCACCUACUAUUCCUUCUGCUUCAGAACACACCCUCCCACCCCAUUUCCACUCUCCCAGAACACACCCUCCCACCCCAUCUCCACUCUCCCAGAUAGCCAAUGGCUUGUUUCUCACUUCAAGGCUCUGCUCAAUCGACAUCUUAAUAGAGGGGACUUCCCUGAUCACCUACCACAUUCCCUCACCUCUUCAUCUUCUUUUGUUAUUCUCCAAAGCAUUUACCACCACUUCACACUCCAUAUAUUGACUUAUUUAUUCAUCUCUCUCCCCCACUAGAAUGGAAAAUACGUAAGGGCAAGAACUUUGUUCUCUUCCUACUUCCUAGAACAGUGCCUUCAACUUAGAAGGUGUUAUACAAAUAUUUGCUGAAAAUCAAUGUAUGACUUCUUUGCCCUUUCACACUACCCUCUAGUCACACCAGAGGCUGCCCCUCCAGAGCACAAGUUCAAGCCCUGUGCCUUCUGUACCUGUCCCCAAUACCUGGGCUGUCCUUUCCUCAUUCUGGCAAAAUCCUCUUCCCCCAAGCCCAGCUCCAACGCUGUCUCCUCAGUCAGGCCUUCCUCAAUUUCUCCUCUAUAUUCCUGCUGCACUUGAUUCUUUUAUCAUAAUUAACCCACUUAUACUCACUACAUGUUUCUCUUCCUAGAUAACUGUAAGUUGCUACUGAACAAAGACUUCUACUCACCUCUGUAUCCCCGUGCCCUAACAACAAACCUAUAAGCCUCUCGGUGUUUACUGAAACAAUUUAUUUUCUGAGUCUCUACCAAUCCUAGGGAAUGCAUAGUAUAGUCUCCUCCUCAUUAUCAGUGAGCCUGGCACCUGUGGGAGGGCCUUACAGCAGAGGAGAGUCACCAAUGGAUCAUAACUAAGGUCCUGAGACAGCAAUGGCAGACAGCAUGGUGAAGUUAGCCCACUCCAUGCAGAAGACCCACAGAGGAGUCAGCAUAUGCAACGGACUACACUUGGUAUAACAUGUGAACAAUCAAGGUUUACAAACGUGUUCUCAUGCACUUGUAAGGAUCUUCUAGCCCACGCGGAACAGACAGAACACACACAAAGGAGCCUGGAGGAAGUGAGUAGGCCGGCAGCUGUGCCCUAACAUCUUAAGAGGGAACAUUUCUGUGACUACAGUUUAAACAAAUCAGAUAAUUUGCCUCCUUUCUAGACACCCUGGUUAUCACAGGACAGGCCAAGCCUCUCAAGUUUUAAAGCUAAAGUACACAGAAGGUCUGUGAAUAGGGCUUAAGAUAUUUAAGAGCUAGUACCUGCAUUAAGCAACCAGGUUAUAGAAUGAAAAUUUAUCUUGAAAUUCCAGUCUCUCCCUCUCUCUCUCGCCUCCUAUCCCCUAUCUUCCCACCUCCAUCUCUAUUCCUUCUCCCCUAUUUCCUGUUUUAUGUAUAUAUGUGCAUCAUUUUAUAUAUACACGGAAUAUUUACUGUCUGUUACGUUUAUUUAAUAAAGUGCACACUCCUCAGGCUAAAUUUAGAAAGAGGACAAAAUGAACACUUUCACAUGGGCGUCAGUGGUGUUCCAAAGACAAAAGAUUCCUCAGUCUUAAAACAUGGCAAACACCAUGUUCCUUCUGAUAGUUAGAUGCUAGAAAAAGGCAAGUGGAUCCUUAAAAUUCACACGCUAUUAAGACCUACUAUCAACAGAGUAGAUCUUAAAGCGGAAACAAGAAAACACCAGCCUUUUAAGUUCUUCCUGUCUGAAGAUAAGAAUAAGAGGUGGUAGUGUUCUUCCUCACUUGCACCGAAGUGUAAAAGCAGCAAAAAUAUCUUAAACACAUAUAUGAUGAGGAAGCCGCUCUUCUGGUCCACUCUGUUUUGUUUUGCUUCUAGGGAUCUGUCUCACUCGGAACCUUUGCUUUUUGUUUUCUCUUUUAUAUAUGCUAAGAACCCGAGAGUCUUAACCUUUUCUUCCACCUCUCAACCAAUAAAUACGACAAAAGAACGUUUUAAUGUUUUUAUGUAUUUUCCAUUCAAAUUUUUAAAAAAGAGAUAAGUAAGCUAGCUCAGUUCAUAUUUCUCACAAAAAUCACUUUCCAAACUAAAUUGUUUGUGACCAUAAACAGGAAAAACACCGUACUCUAUUAGCACCAUCUGACAUUUCCACCUUAAUGUUACCAAACACAACUUGACACUAAUGCCAGAACUAUUAAAAAUGUUAAAAAUCCCCAACCCCACUCAAAAUGCAUACCAAAGUUCAGGUAAAGGAAAAACAGAAACAAAAGCAACUCACCGUUAUUUUUAUGUUCUUUCAGAAACCCAUUAACAGCACACUGGAAUUUAAAACUAGCGUCGUCAUCUGACACCUGAUGCCCAAUUGUACAAAUUUUUAAAUAAGGAAUAGUUUCUGGUAAGUCCUAUAAGGCAAAACCAUGAAAAUAUGUAUUAUUUCCUUUGUAGCGAAAGAAUAAAAAAUUAAUUAGAGAAGGCAGGAUAUAAACCAGGAGAGUACAUUAAACUUAGUAUGUCAGUCAUUCUGAUGAGAGCCAUUUUUUCCAAAGCUGCUUUAACCAGUAAUUAUCACUUGAUUUUCAUUAAAACUGCAGAACGGACAGUUACCAGGCAUGCAAAAGGAAAAGCAAAUCUAUAUGAAUGAAUGCACAUGUAACUCAAAAUGAUAUAAACGGUUCUACCUACAUUUAUGUUCUAUCUUACAUUUCAAGGGCCAUAAAGCGGCUGUGAUUUAAGGAGAGUAGUAGAAUAGAGUCAGAAGAACUUGGAUUCGAAUUAGGAAAUAGAGGCAAUUUCAGGCAUUGUUGAGAACUGGUAUUCUUGGGGUGGGAGAAAGUAGACUAUCAAUAGAAGACAGAAAAGGAUAAGUGAAAAUUCUCUAGUUCUGAAUUUAAAUGGAAAGUAGCAGUAGGAACAUAUGACAUAUUUUAAAAAUAUAAACAAACAUACAUAUUUCCUAGCUCUGACCACUGAAAAAGUCUAGAAACAACUGAUGUCAUGUUAAAAGGACUCAGGAGUCACUGAGAAGCUCCAACUGGCCAAAGAUAGGGCCUCAGUUAGAAUAAUAACUGUAACGGAGUCCACGGUGAUAGGAGUAAAUAAAAUUUUACAAAACUGGUCACCACUGGAGGAUAUUUGUGAAUCAACUCAUUAUUCUGAAAACUGUUAAAUAAAAGAAGAGAAUCAUGCCUCUACAACUGGGCAACCAAACAGUUGAUGAGGGGAAUCUUCUCCUCAUACAAAUAUACCCAGCUAAUAAGUGAAAAAAAGAACAACAGAAUUCACCAUUCUUUGAAGCCUCAACUGAAUUAAUGGAUGUAGGUAUGAAUCAUCAGUGACUGCUAAUACCACAGAAAGAGACAAUUAUACAUGUCUCCAUGGAAGAACACAUCAUCACCUAUGAAACUGUCUUGCCAAAACAAAACAUGCAAGCUUCAUUCUGAUCAACUACCAAUUUACAGGAAAAAAAAGGAUUGAAGAAUAUGUUACCAACACAUGGAAUGUAAUCAUCGACAUCUAGAUGGGACAAAUUACCUGGUUUCUUUAAAAUCAAAAUUCAAGGAGGAAAAAAAACGUGAGAGAGACAUGGAGGGAGAACUUAUAGAUUAAACAAGACUUCAGAGACCUAACAAUCCACGGCAAAGUGUGGACCUUAUUGGGAUCUAAUUCAAAAUUCUUAUAAACAAUUUUUUAUGACGUUUAGGAGACAACUGCAAAUUUGAGCACUCCCUGGGUAUUUAAUAUUAAAAAAUGAUAUUAAGGAAUAAAAGUCCAAUAUUUUACAUGCACGUACCAAAAACGUACAGGUGUAAUUACAUGUUGUCUUGGAGCUGCUUCAAGAUAAUAUGGAAUGGGGUGAAACAGGUGGGCGUAUAGAUAAAACAUGACAGCCAUCAGUUGGUAAAUAAGAAAGCUGGAUGAGUUCAUGGGUAUACAAGGAACAUUCACAGUAUUUUUAUACUUUUGUAUAUGGUUAAAAUUUGUGAUAAUUGUUUAAAAACAAGACAACACUGUAGAAAACAGUUUGGCACUUUCUCAAAGGUUAAACGUAGAGCUACCGUAUGAUCCAACAACUCUGCUACUACCUACGCUGCACAUCUAACAGAACUGAAAGCAGGGAUUUGAACAAAUAUCUGUACACCAAUGAUCAUAGCAGCAUGAUUCACAAUACCUACAAGGUGGAAAACAACCAAGUGUCAAUCAACCGUUGAAUAACAAACUAUGGUCUAUAUACACACAAUGGGAUUUUCUAAGCCAAAAAAGAAACGGCAUUUCUUUACGUGCUAUAACAUGGAUGAACCUUGAAAACACGAUGUUUAGUGCAAUAAGCCAGACACAGAAGGACAAAUACUGCAGAUUCCACUUACACAAGGUACCUAGAAUAGGCCAAUUCACAGAGACAGAAAAUAGAAUAGAGGUUACCAAGGGUUGGUGGGAGGGAAAAUGGGGUUGUUACUGUUUGAUGGUUACAGAGUUUUUGUUGAGGAUGAUGAAAAAGUUUUGGUUAUAGACAGUGGUGAUGGUUACACAACACUGUGACUGUACUUAAUGCCACUGAACUGCAUAUUUAUAAAUGGUUAAAAUAAAUAUGAUUUAUCUAUAUUUUACCACAAUAAAAAAAAAGGAAUAACAGAGCUGAAAUUUCAAUUCUUCCGAGAGUCAGUUUCAUCAUCUGUAAAAUUAGUAAUUGUAGUUGUCUAUCCUCUGAGCUUAGUGCAGAGUAAGCACUCAGUAGGAGAUAUCAGUACUACUUCCACUUCAAGAGCAAAGGACUGCUGUGAAGAUUAACUAAGUCAAUGGAUAUGAAAGAACUUUCUAAAUGACAAACUGCUCUACAAAUAUUAAAAGACAUUAGGUGUUACUGUCUCCCAAGGCCAUGGAACAGGUCAGAAGAAGGAUAAUUCUUUUGCACUGGAAUGUCCUACAUGGGCCAAGAGAAUAUAUGGGUUUCUGUACUAUAUCAGAAGGCAUUAGGAAAAGGAAGCAUAAAACUUAGAGAACAAUUGUCUUUUACAGUGAUGCUUAAACAUGCUCAGGCAACUGCUUAAAAUAAGUGCUAAAGACAUAAUGGACAUACCUUUCUUUCUUUUUAGGAUACUACUGUAACUACUAAAAGUUUACUUCAUUUUCAAAAUAUAGAACAUGGAAGCUUACAGAAUUUCUUAAGCAUAUCUAGAGCCAACUGCCAAAUACUAUAGUUCAAUUCAUAUCUUUAAUCUCAUUUUGAAACAGCAAUUACAGGAAACCACUAGCUUCCCUUUUUGAACCCAUGAGAGAAGGCCAGGAUUCACCUUAGCAUAAGAUGAUAACUACUGAACUACUAUGAAUUAUUACAGUAUCAGAAAGGUCAUUUUCAAUUACGGCUUCCAUUUACCUCUGGCUUAUAACAGCGGCGAAUAUAUGUUAAGUCAAUAAUCAGC